AUGGAAAAGGGCAACAGCCUUAGCGGUGAGGAAUCCGCAAUAGUCAUACAAGAUGAGUACGUAAGUGAGCAAUCUCAAGUCAUACCAACUGAAUGGAUAUCUGGACCACGAGUAGAAGUCAAUUCUGAGAUGAUUUAUCAAGUAGUAAAGCUAAAUAAAGCUCUUGAAACGACUACUCAUGAAGGAAAAACUUAUAAAGCAUUAAAAAGUGUCAAUGGCUUAUCCUGUGUUGCUCCUGAUACACGAUUUAUCGAGAACAGCGUGCUUAAAGAUCUAAUAGCCUCAGCUAAUGGGCCACUGCAUUGCGAAUUUCUUAUUGUAAUUACUAUGUACAAUGAGAAAAUUGAUGAACUAAAAAAUACUUUAGAUGGGGUCAAGUCAAACUUAAAAUCCUUUGUUCAAAAUGAUGUGCAGCCUCAACAAUAUGCCUGUAUAGUAAUUAUUGAUGGUGUGGAAGCAUUUUUUAAAACUUAUGACAGCCAGAAAGAAUUUUUUAUAAAAUAUUGCAAUAAGCAAAACAUUUUGGACAGGUUUCCAGAAGCAGGGGGGGAUGUGCGGAAUUGCCAAAUACCUGAAGGGACUGAUGAUGAUGAGUUCGCCCACUUGUUUAUGCAAAAAAUCCGAGUUAAUAAUAAAAAUGAACUAGAUCUUCAACUUAUUUUUUGUAUAAAACAAAAAAAUAAGAGGAAAUUAAACACCCAUUUAUGAUUCUUCGGAGGCUUUUGCCAGAUGAUUCAGCCUAAAUAUGUGAUGCUUCUGGAUGUAGGCACUAAACCUCUAGAUAACUCUUUAUACUAUUUAUACAAAGCAAUGGAAAACGAUGUAAGAGUAGCAGGAUGCUGCGGAGAAAUUGAGCCAAUGUCUGUUGAUGGUUUUAAUUUAGUAGUUCCUGCUCAAAUGGAUCUUGGUUUGCAUUAA